AUCAAUGGCUUUCAACACAUACAAUGAAGGCCUCAAGAUCGCCACGAACCUUGCAAACAGGGCCAUAGCAGUCGAAGCUUCCCUCUCACAGCUCUCGACCACAGCAUCACCAGUCCCAACCCUCCUCAAGGCAUUUCAGCUCUAUAUCCAAGCAGCAGAAUCGUACUCACACCUCCUCUCGUCCUCUUUGGUCGCAAAGGAGGACCGCACGCAAGUCUCGCGCAAGUGGAGGCUCGUGCUCGAGCGCGCUGAAAAGGUCAAACGGCGAGUCGAAGAGCUCGGCGGACGCGUCGGCGCGACCGAGAUCGAUGAUGAGGCAGAGGAAGCAGCUGUCAUCCGGCGAGGGAGCAAGAUCAACGGAGCGAACGCCGAGAUCUGGCGUGGCCCACCGCCAGAUCGCGAGUUCACCCUCUCAGCUCGCGAGGGGGUCUUCCGCGAUAGCCUUCAGCCCGAGCUUGCGGUCGAGCAGCUCGCGCUCGACCCCGAGUGGGCCGAGCUGCCUUCAUCUGCCUGGGCAGAUGUCGAGUCAUCUACCAACUGGGCCGUGCGGCAAGGCCCCGGUGCCGACUGCUCCAUCACGGCCGGGCUGGGCUCGUGUCUUGCUCACAACACGAAGUGGGGCAUCAAGCUCUGUGAGGGUGUUCUGUAUCCUCAGGCGGUCUCGGGAAGGCCAGUGCAGUCUGAGAAUGCCAAGCACGUCGUGCGGCUACUCCUGAAUGGGACAUGGCGGAGUGUCGUUGUCGAUGCUCUCCUGCCGAGAUCAAAGAAGGACCGGAAGCCUCUGUAUAUUACCGCGCAGCCAGCAAUCUCCUCGUCGUGUGCAACACCCUCAUCACCCGGGCCAGCGUGGAUCCCCCUCGCAGUCAAGGGGUACUUCAAAACGCUGGGAGGUUACUCGAUCCCAGGCAGUGACCCAGCGCCAGAUGUGUACGCGUUCACAGGGUGGAUCCCCGAGAGACUGAAUCUCAACACUGGGUUCCAGCGUGAGAAGGAGUGGACGCGGCUCUUGGCUGCGUGGAAGAAGGGCUCAGUGAUCGUGACGCUGGGGUCGGGCAAGGAUUCGUCGACGGGUCUGGUGCCCCUCCAUGCUUACGGUGUCAUCGACGUCAGAGAUGACGGAGGCGAACGUACCGUCGAGAUCUUCGACCCCGGUUCGGCCAACAUUGAUCCCCAAUCACACCGUGACCUUGCCGCGCGGCUCUCCGAACUGCAGGUCAGCGGUGGAGCUUCAAAGCACGUCAGCAGGUUCUCCUUCUCCAUGGCAUGGGACGAGGUGUGCGGCAAGUUUGAAACACUCAACGUCAACUGGAACCCCUCCCUUGUCCCGGCGACAACGACGCGGCAUUGGUCGUGGCCGAAGUCGGACGUAUCGGAGCACGAAGUCAGCGACACGAUUGCCCUUAACGCCAGCCCACGAUACCGCCUGACGGCAACGGCCUCAGACCCCGACGCCGAGGUCUGGCUCCUCCUCUCCCAGCACCACAUCAGCAAGGACGUCCCACUGGAUGACGUCGCGCUGCACGUCUUCCGAGACUUCAACCCAUUCGACGACCGCGGUCGGCGGUUGUCGCACUCGCACCACGAGAAGAACCCAUACGUCAAUGCGCUGCACACCCUUGUCCGCUUCCCGUUGCGACAAGGCGAAAAUACUCUCAACGCAGUGGCAUCUCGCGACCGCGGGCUGGUUCAGCGUGGGUUCACACUCCGAGCCUUCGCCUCUGCGGGCACCAGCCUAGCUUUGAAGCGAGUGACUCUUACCCUCCCCUUCUCCGAGACGGUGACCUCGGAGCUCACAAAGCGAACCGCUGGAGGGCACCCCGGUUACCCUUCUCACCACAUCAAUCCUCAGUAUCGACUGAGCGUCGGACAACGAGCUCCAGGUGCUCCACCCAGGCCUUCCACUGUGAGGAUUGCCUUGCAGGGCAGCAAGGAGCUAGCGUGGAACAUCAAGCUACUCUGGGGUCAUGGCCAGCGCGUCUUUGAAAUGACUUCAGACGUCAUCCUCGGUUCAUCAGGCCCAUUCAGCUAUGGGGUGGCGUACUGCGAGGUCGAUAACGUCAAGGUCGGCGACUACACCCUGCUGGUGUCCUCAUACGAGCGGGACCAGCUCGGGUCGUUCACGUUCACAGUGGAGUCGUCAAGCCCCAUUCAGGUUACGCUGAUUCCACAAGAGGGAGCGGGGAUGUACAGCCGCACUGUCAGCGGGAACUGGGACGCGUCGACGGCUGGAGGACGCCCAAGUGGCAACACGUACGACAAGAAUCCGCGGAUCUGCGCGACGCUCUCCAAGCCAGCUACGCUGCUCGCGCGACUCUACCUCCGUAACCCAGCCCCAGUGCCAGUCAACUUGACUGUGUUCCGGCGCACAACAGGUGGCGGGCUCGGCGAGCAGGUGGCCACCUCUGGCCCCUAUGUCGAGCAGAUAUCCGGCGUGUCGACCGGCCGCGUCAAGCUUGACGCGGGCGUGUACAUCCUCGUACCGUCCACCUACGAGAGGGGAGAGCAGGAAGACUGGCUCGUGGACAUGUGGGCCGACUCGUCGUUCAGCGCGGAGAUGGAGUAG